AUGAUACCAAACUAUAAGCACCAGUACAAUCAGAAUUACAACAUAAGAUUUAAACAAAUGUAUCCAUUAAUAAAAUCUGAAUGUGGUAAUAUAAUUAAUAAAAUAUCACAACUUAAAGAAGAUAAGGAGUGUGUAGUGAUUGGAAUAUUAUUUUUAGAUUCGAAAGCCAAAGAUUCAAUUUUGUAUAAAAAAAUUGAAUCUGAUACUUACUUAUUAGAUGAUAGUUAUUAUUUUAUAGAAGAUGAUACUGGUAAAGUUACUAUUCAAUUGAACACUGAUGUGUUAUUAACAACGGGAAUGGUAUUAGGAUUUGAAGGACGUUUAAAAGAUAAUGUUUUUGACUGUAAAAAAAUAGUUUACCCUAAUAAAAAGCUAGUUAGUGAAGAAAAAAAGAAUAAAGAAAUUGAUUCAUUAUUUAACAAUCAAAUACUUAUUUUAUCAAAUAUUAAAUUCAAUAAGAAUUUUGAUAGAGUUUGUACAACCAUUGAUUUUGUGUUAAAUAAUUAUGAGGUACGUCAUUUAUUUUUUAUAGGAAAUAUUUUUGAUAGUAAGUUAGUUAUUGAUUUUAAUAGGUUUAAUAGAAUUUUAUCAAAAAUUGAUAAAGUUUUUAUUGUGCCGUCUGUUGAUGAUCCGACAACUAUUGUUUACCCUUUACAAUCUUUAAGUAAGAUGUUAUUUCCUAAAAGUGAUAAGUUUGUAUUCUUAACUAAUCCUGUUAAUAAUGAUAACCUGAUUGUAUUAGAUAGAUAUCUUAUUAGUGAUUUAUACAAUUAUUUAAGAAAGGAUGACGUGAAAGAUGAUAUUAGUCUUUGUAAAACUUUGCUAGAUAUAAGGAAUAUUGGUCCCACUUUACCAGAUACAAUUCCUACAUAUCCUUUUACCGAUAAAGAUCCAUUUUUUAUUAAUAACUGUAAAUUAAUGAUUGUAGGUAAUUCUAAAACUGAUAUUGGUUUUUAUAAUGAAACUGUUAUUUUAACUAUUCCAGAUUUUGAUUCAAUGGGUGCUGGUAUUAUUUUUAAUUCAAUCAAUAAUCAAAUUGAAGAAAUUAUAUUAGAAUAA